AUGCUCUCGGUGCAGACAGCGGUUGCCAAAGCCUCGUUGAACCGCAUUCCCCCACUUCUUUCGUCUGUGAACGUCAAUAAUGUUGCUGCAAAACCUUCGACGAGUACCCUGUCCAACCGAGAAGCUUUGGCAAAUGCUACGACGAAGAGAAGGAGCCAUAGCAUGGCUCUGGCUGUGAACUCUCCGACAGAGUUCUUCACCUCGACCAUCCCUUCUGUUACGCAAAGAGUGAAACCCAUUGGGUUCGACGAAGAACCGUGUACAUUGGGAUUGCAAGACGGGUACUCGUACGCUCGAGUCGAGAUUGGGGAUCGAUUUGGGGCUCAGGAUCGGUACGAGGUCGUGCGGAAGCUGGGAUGGGGUUUGUACGCCACGACGUGGCUAAUCAAGGACCGCCGAGACGACGCCUACCACGCUCUGAAGAUUCUAAACCACUACGGAACCUUGCUAGAAGCCGGAGAAGUGGACGACCCCAGGCGUCCGCGUUUUUUCGAACGCGAGAUUCUGGCGAGGGUGUCGGCAUCCGACGUCGCUCCCGGUGCGAAGUAUUGCAUGAAGCUUCUGGAGUCCUUUCAUAUCGAACGAGAAACCGGGAAGCAUCUGUGUCUUGUUAUGGAGUUGGGUGGGAUGAGCGUGGAGGACAUGCGACCGUUGAUUGGGACGAAUUAUUCGAUGCCGACUGCGUUCGUGAAGACGAUCGUUAAGCAAAUGUGCAAGGCCCUGGAUUACCUACACGAAGAGUGUAGGGUUGUGCAUACAGAUCUCAAACCUUCGAACAUCCUCGUUACUUUCAGUCCGAAAGACACCCAGGAACUCAUCGACAUGACCCUGAAGCACAGGCCAGUGGAGCGCUACCCUCCACGAAGGGUACUAGGGGAGACCAUCAGGGCGAUGCGGUCCCAGCCUCUUCCCUUGCCAGGCUUUGACCAACGGAAUCCAUUGACCUGGGUAUUCAAGCUGACCGAUUUUGGAUCAGCUCAGUGGAUCGGGAAACGAAGUGCUACAGUUGUCCAGCCAAUACGAUUGCGCGCACCAGAGGUCGUUUUGGGCCACGAAUGGAAUGAGAAGAUCGACAUCUGGUCCUUGGGGUGCUUGGAAGGACUCUGUUCAGAGCCCAAGGAGGUCCUCAUUGGCGGCCAGAGGACGAUCUGCUCGCAAAUCAACUCGAGCUGCUGUCACUGA